AUGGCUACAAAAUUCCAUGGAAGUCUUUCGCAAGACCUUUCAAUAAUGUUAUAUGAUUCUGAUGAUCAUAAUAUUCUUAUCCAAGCUGGAGUAAAUGCUAAUAUUAAAGAAUUUCGAGCACACACGAAUAUCUUGAGGGCUCGUUCGCCUUAUUUCAAAACCGCACUUUCGGCUAAAUGGGAAGCUAUGGAAUUUUAUUUGAAGGAUACUUUACCGAGUAUGGAUACUUUACCACCACGAUUCAGUAAGCGUCAGAUAGAAUCAAACAUUAUUAAACCAAGGUUUGCUUGUGUAAUUGCCAAUUGGAUUGAUAGAAAAGACGGAAAAGCUGCUUGCAAUAAGUCUAAUUUAAAAUACAAGUUCAGCCUUGUUUACUGUGGUAGUCGUGAUGGGAUUAAUAAUAAUUCAUUUAACAAUUGUUGCCCUGGACAAGCAAAAUACUUAGUUUUAGUAAAAGAUCAAUCUUCCAAAAUAUAUGGCGGGAGUUAUGGGAAUUAUGCAACUUGGCGAUCCACAACAGAUAGCUUUAUUUUCUCUUGCGAAGAAAAUGAAGGACGUAUCAAAAACAUGAAAAUUAGCCGCGUAACAAAUAGUAGUUGCGCGAUAUAUGAUUGUUAUCAGAAUAAUGGAUUUAAUUUUGGUAAUACUUUUUAUAUGAGUGGGCAAAAUGUAUAUUUGCAAUAUCAAGGAUAUUAUGAUGCUGAAGUUAUAAAUUCAGAAACGAACAUUAAUUUUGUUCCUAAGGAAAUUGAGCUUUUUAACGUAGUUCCUUCGUAG